GCGCCAAAUUCAGUACGUGAAUUUAUUCUUGUUAGCUUUCUCAUGUUCGAUAACAAGUUUUCGCUGAUUUUAUGUGAUUCACCAAUGGGAUAUGUUACUCAAAUUAAUUGUAUAGAUCCUUUGUUUUUACCCGAAGAGCCUGAUGAUAUCAACAUUAAAUUGUUACCAAUUUUAAAAACCGUUUAUCAAGCCAGGCUAACCAUGGAACAAACCAAUGAACUUGUAAGAAAGUGUGUACCAGAAGUAAAACUUACCUCGAAGAAUUCACGAUUUUUAUCACCAUGUUUUAAUACUGGAAAGAGAAAACGAAGUAAUGAUACCAGUACUAAAGAAUAA